AUGGCUGGACUAUCAGAACCCGUUGCGUCGGCACCUAACGAGAGCCCAGAUGUUCCAGCUUCUCGAAAGGCCUUUGUGCCACUGGAAAACAAUCCCGAAGUAAUGAGUUCUCUGGUCCAUAAACUCGGCCUCUCCUCAGCGCUCUCGUUCCACGAUGUCUUCAGCAUCGAUGACCCCGAGCUUCUCGCUUUCGUACCCCGCCCCGCCAGCGCCCUCCUUCUCGUUUUCCCCAUCAGUAAAUCCUACGAAACAUUCAGGGUACAGGAGGAUGCCGAUAGCAAAGCAUACGAGGGAAAGGGUCCACAGGAGCCUGUGAUUUGGUAUAAGCAAACUAUCAGGAAUGCUUGUGGGCUGAUUGGAAUUUUGCAUGCUGUUAGUAACGGCAGUGCUAAGAACUUUAUUGAAUCGGGCUCAGACCUCGACAAGUUGGUCCAAGAUGCUACACCUUUAGCUCCCAUAGACCGCGCCGAUUUGCUCUACAACUCGCAAGCUCUCGAGAGAGCACAUCAGGGUGCUGCAGCUGGGGGACAGAGUAAUGCACCAGCCGCCGAGGACGAUAUCGACCUACACUACGUGUGCUUUGUGAAAGACGAUAAGAACGACUUAUGGGAGUUGGAUGGAAGGAGAAAGGGGCCCCUCAACAGAGGAAACCUUGGCGAUGAAGAUGCACUGAGCGAGAAGGCUCUUGAUCUAGGAGUGCGGCAGUUUUUGAAACGGGAAGCGGAAUCUGGAGGCGGAGAGUUGAGAUUCAGCUUGAUUUCCUUAGCUCCAAGUUUGGAAUAG